AUGCUAUCCUCUCCCGUCUCACCUGCUACCCCCCGCCUCAUCUGCUAUCAUCUUCCGCCUCACCUGCUAUCCUCUCCCGCCUCACCUGCUAUCCUCUCCUGCAUCACCUGCUAUCCUCCCCCGCCUCACCUGCUAUCCUCUUCCGUCUCACCUGCUAUCCUCUUCCGUCUCACCUGCUAUCCCCCGCCUCACCUGCUAUCCUCUUCCGCCUCACCUGCUAUCCUCUCCUGCCUCACCUGCUAUCCUCUUCCGCCUAACCUGCUAUCCUCUCUCGCUUCACCUGCUAUUCUCUCCCGCCCCACCUGCUAUCCUCCCCCGCCUCACCUGCUAUCCUCUUCCGUCUCACCUGCUAUCCUCUUCCGUCUCACCUGCUAUCCCCCGCCUCACCUGCUAUCCUCUUCCGCCUCACCUGCUAUCCUCUCCUGCAUCACCUCUAUCCUCUUCCGCCUCACCUGCUAUCCUCUCCCGCCCCACCUGCUAUCCCCCGCCUCACCUGCUAUCCUCUUUCGUCUCACCUGCUAUCUUCUCCUGCCUCACCUGCUAUUCUUUUCUGUCGCACCUGCUGUCGACAUCGCUGUUAUCAUCGAGGUUGGUUUAUUGCCUUAA